GAAAAUUUAUAAUAAGCCUAUCCCGAUAACCAGAAACCAGCACACCAUGAUCUGCAAGAAGGCAGCCAAGGAGAAAUCGAACAGCGUGUAUUGGUUCUGCUGUGGUCACCGGGCAGUUUGUAUGUACAGGAGCACAUCUGUACAUUACUAGGCGCAAAAAUUUAUACGAUUCCCGGCGUUGCAAAUGCGUGUUCUGUAUCUUCAACAGUCAGAAGCAGAUCAGGAACCAAGCGCCACGACCAAUCUAAAUACGAUUGGGGUUGGACAGGAAUCUAGAGACCUUGCGCUAUUCCUACCUAACUGUAACCAAACGUGCCUGACAUUCAACUUGGCAUCAAAUUUCCCUGUCCAAGGGCGGAAUUCGACUGUUGGUGAUGGAUAGGAGAGGUACAGUGCAUGUAGAAAUAAUACGAAGGGCUCAUCGGCGGCGUCCGUUCCGAUCCUGCUCCCCUUUAUUAUUUUUCGGGAAUUUAAGGGUUCAAGCUUCGACGCAUGCCGCAAAAAGCUCGCCCCAAAUUUACCGCGUUUCUAAAAUAGCCUUGCAUGUUGAUUUCGUGUGGAGCCCUUUCUGGAAAGGCAGUGUGAUGGGUCCAUUUUAGUUUAUCGCUGGCGGGGCCGCUAACUGACUAAGUCGAGAGUCGGUGUCGGUUCCACAUCGACGGCGAGAGAAAGUUAACCCACUUGACCUGUUCAGCUGUUCCCCUUCAUGGGAGGAGUUCGCCCUCUGUUGCCAAGUCGCGAAGGGACAAGGGCAGCGUGCUAAUAAUCUAGCACCCAUGGAUGGCGGGAUGGAAGCUCCCGGGUAUCCGCAGAUAUUCAUCUCAUAUUCUCUUGUGCCCCCGCUAUCCAGAAUUGAUUUUGCAGUAAUCCGUAGGUGGUGCACUCUAUCUGCAAUUUGCGAAGGGCUGUUUAGGAUAUUGUACCAAUGUGGGCAUCAAGCCAGGAAAUUCACCACUGGAAAAAUGCCACUGAGAACAUGUAGAUCAGGGAAAUAUCCUGAUGUAGAACGAAAGCGGAAUCACGGAGGGCGAAAGAGAACAUCGUUAAGGGAAUGACAUUUGCCGGAUUUAUUUUAUUUUCCGCCAUAAAAUGUGAUGGAACACCAGGCCAUGACGGUUUUGUUUCGACCAGUGAAAUGAAACGGAAACUAAGUCGAUGUCGUUUAGAGAUCGUUGUCGCAUGUAAAAUGGAAUGUGGCGGUGGUAGGCAUGUUUGCAUGGUUAGAAUUUGCAGGACUAAAGGCGUGAGCCUUAUCCGUUGUGUGCUCGCCGUAGUCUCAUAGGAUGGCGAUGUACGCCUAUAAAAGGCAAAACGAACAAAGCUUUUUGCUGCGGAAAUCUAUCCGAGAGGAUGAGCAAAGAGCAAGGCCACAUGCAGUACAAAUGUCGAGAAGGCAGAACAUGGAAUUAUAACAAAAAGCGUUCUGGAAACGAUAAAAGCAGGAGACAGGUCCGGAGCGCAGUUGCUUCAGCAUGUCCUGUACCAGCAAGGCACAUGACGCUCUCGCAGACGUCGCAUGAAGGCCCUACGACGAUGCAUACGUAAAUGGAUCCUACCUGUAGCCUGGCAUCAGAAUAGAGACGGGAUGAAGAUUUCCAAUUUUCACUCUCUCGGGAUCCUUUGUCCUGAACAUGUCGACGCCGCUUUUUUGUGGCGUUCUGCUAUUUAUCGCUUCAUCCCGUCCAACACAGUCUAGGGCUUCAUCUGUGUCCAUGCCAAGAGGCAGGACAAGCAGUCCUAAGAUUAACAAUGUUUUUGGCGAAGGAACCGUGACUCUGAGAAAUUUGACGAGGUGAUGGAAGAUCCAGCGUGUGCAAUCAGAGACAGUGUUACACUAGACCCUGGCCGCACCAAGGGUUUAAUAGUGAGGGGCCAGGAGGAGGAGCCAAAUUCAAAAAGAAAGGAUCGACAAACUUCAACGCAUGGCCAAACUCUCCACGGGAGGGGACCUGGGGUUUCUAACCUUUUGAGCUUUUGGGAAAUGUCCGUUGGCAAGAGAAUGGAUGUCUGUGUUUAACCGUGAGAUCUGGGAAUCUACACCGCCCUCCGGCCAUCACACGUCGCCAGACGGUGUCGAGCUUUGGCUUUUGGUGUGAUUGAAAGACAGGUUAGCUAGCAAGGAGUUUGCGGCCUACGUUGUUUUAUCAGUUCUCUCCCUUCGAGCGGCGACGACCUUCUGAAAGAAUGUAGGGCUUGGCAUGCGUCGUACGAUCUGCUCUCAUUGUCGCAGAAAAGAGAGCAGCCUCGCCAAUGGUUGAUCAGUGUCAUUUUUAUUUGUUUUGCUGUCUUUCGUUUUAUUGUGUUGUCGAUGCCUUACGACCCGACCCAAGCUUGGGCCCUAUAAAAUGCUAAUGUUCUUAGUAGCGGAAGCCCAGUUUGGUUAACAGAACAAGCAAAGUAACAUUGAAUUGGCUUCCGGGUAGGGGGUCACAUGGAGCGAUUUUAACGGGUACCAGUAAUGACCAUCUGUGUUCAUUAUUAUUCCUGCUGAACCGCCAGACGGGAUAGAAAUCCGAAAAUAUAUCUGCCUGGGAAAACCAUUGGAAGGACGACGGCGGUAGGGAUCAGAUGCGAUGCAAACUUUAGAAUAAGCGCGUUCACUUGCAGGAACGGAUAGAUGAUAGGCCAAAGUGGUCAAAACUUCUCAACAAUCCAGUCGCUCUAAAGCCAAUCCCUCUACUCCGUAAAGCUUCACACCCUUUCAAUGGUAGCCUAAAGGCCGUCUGUGGCUCUCGCUUCCAUGUUUUCUUUGUUCCCAUGAAAAAUCCGUGGUGGCCAUCAUCGACGUGUCAGGUCAGGUGGGUAACCAACGCUGCAGCACAAUCAAACUGCCCGCCCUCAAUCAAACGAAGAUCCCUGCCGCCCAGUCGCGCGGCUUUCAGCCUCAACCGCAGCUCUGGGACGCAGCAGCCAGUCAGAGAUCUGAUCCAUGAUGCAAGUGCCAGGAAAGUGCGAGGCCGGCCUGCACAAGACUUGAGCCACGCGAUGCCCCAGGCCACAAUUCGACUCCAAAAUUGGGCCAAGCCGGUCGAAGCCACAGGCAGACCUUCCAAGAUCCUAGCAGUGGAUAAGCCCGGUUGUCAAAACCGUCUGCCGCGCGACUAG